AUGGCACUAAUCCAAACCUCUCUCAUCUGGGUCGCAUAUGCCGUCGCACUUGCGAUCCUGCUAGUCGUGGCAUCCAUCUUCGUCUACAUCUACCAGGCCCCUCGCGAACGCUCUGCUGUCGUAUCAAUCGUAUGCAUCCUCACCGUGCUCUCUCUGCUGGCUACCGUCCUAUUGCUACCCGUCGAUGUCGCUCUUGUGUCUUCCACUACAUCGUCCAAACUCGGCAGAAAGAAAGACUGGGCUACUCCUGAUGCUGUCGACAACAUCUUGUUCCAACUUAAGAUCGUCUACUACACUCUUUACAGCCUGGACGCUGUCUUGUGCUUGAUUGUCGUUCCCUUCACCUACUUCUGGUACGAGGAACGUGAUGAAGUAGCCGCCGAGGAGGGCAGCCAAACUGCCGCCGGUCGUCUCUGGGGUGCUUUCAAGUACACCAUCGCCUUUAUCUUGUUCGUCGUUAUCAUCUUCCUCGUAGGCUUCUUCGUCCCCGUUGCAAAGAACAGGCCUCAGAAGCAUCUUGAUCUGGACUUCUUCAAGGACCUGCUGGCCGAAAAUCACGGUGAGCGUGCCUUGACCUUCUGCGUCGGUCUUCUCUUGACCCUCGGAACCCUCCUAUACUGCAUUUACACAGGCCCUGGCUUGGCUCUCUUGCCCCUUACUCUGAUCAAGACCGCUCCUCGCAUCUCUGCCCCUACUUUAGCUGCCACCACCUCUUCUCAGCUGACGCAGAAUCGCGAGCGUCAGCGACAACUUGAGAACCGUAACGAAGGCCGUGACAAUGGUCUUGACACUCGCGACCGCCGUGAACUCGAAGCUCUCAUCCGAGAGGAACGUACGCUUGUUCGCCGUGAACGUUUGGCUGCCGAAGACAUGGGCGAGGGUCAGAAUUGGUUCAUUCGUGUCUGGCUCAAGACAGAGGCUGUCUUCAGACCCCUGAAGCUUCUUGGCGGUCUUCUGCUCAUCGUCAUUGUGCUUGUUGUCUGGGCCAGCAUGUUGGUUACUGGUGUCGACAAGAUCAAGAACUCGGUAUGCAAGACUGGAUGCGGUUACUUGCUUGGUCACAACAAGAUCUUCCAGCCUAUCAACUGGCUGUUCGUUGUCACCUCAAAGGUCUUCCCCAUCGACUAUGUCAUCUUCCUGCUACUAACCCUUCUCUUCUUCGCCGGCUCUGUCGUUGGCAUCGCCACUAUUGGCAUUCGCUUCUUGUGGGUCAGCCUCUUCAAGAUUCGCAAGGGUCACACCGCCCCACAAGCUCUCCUGAUGGGAACCGUCAUGCUUACUCUGAUCGUCUUCGCCAUUAACUACGCUGUCGCCAUGAUGGUUGCUCCACAAUACGCCACUUUCGGCCCUCAGACGUACUGCGACAGACCUACCCACCACCCCGAUCAGCAGCCUGACUGUAGCAACCACCACAAUGCCAUCCGCGCUUGCCGUGAGGCUGCUGACAACCCUGUCGCUCGUAUGGUGUGUACACCCUCGGUCGUUAGCACCUUCCUCAACCGCAUCACCAUCAACUUCCCCUUCUUCGGCAUUGUCGAUUUCUGGGCUCAAUUCGCUUUCCUUGGCAUCUUCUUCAUCGUCUUCGUUGUCAUGCUGUUCCGCACUCCUCGUCUGGAUGAGGAGCAGCUCGACGAGGAUCUGGCCGAAGAAGAAGAGGAAGGUCUUCUCUCCAGCACUGGUCGUCGUUUCGGCGCCACCUGGUCGGAUAUCACUGGAAGAGCCACUGGUGUGAAGCGCGUUGGCGCUGACUAUGGUACUCGUGGAGGCUCCUCCGAGGAGUGA